UUUUAGAAGAAUGAAGUUGCUUUCAAUUAUGAUCCUCCUUAAAAAUCCUUCUCUUGGACAAACAAAACUUCUUAAAGGAGAAUACGAACUUGGAAGCUUUAGUUUCUUUACUAAACGUAACGCACAGGAAUUUAUGCAAUUCACAGCAAAAUUGGUAUCUGACCGUUCAGCCACUCCCAGUCGAAGUACAAUUAAAGAAGGGGAAUAUUUUGUGCAUUGUUUUGUAAGGCAUGACAGUUUGGUGGGUGUCUGUUUGACUGAUGAAGAGUUGGUUUUUUUCAUUUUUGGGGUUGGAUGAUAGAGAUCGAGCUG